GCCUCCACCAUUCGUCUCGGAGAAGCGACCACGUGUAUUCACGGACACCGAAACUCGGUCCUCCCAACUCAGCCAUGGCGUUUGUGACUCAGCGGUUCCUCCCAAUCACCAAACCAUUCACAGAACCCAAAUCCAAACCCAGACCCACCAUUUUCCUCCCAAAGGGUCUCCCCCAAACAUCUGGAAUUUUCUCUGGUACCAACCGGAAAAGAUGGGUCGUUGCAGUGGCAGAAGAGCUCGAUGUUAUCCCAGUUCAGAGCAGCGACUCCACGGAUCAGCAAGAUGGGGUUUUGGCGAGAAUUGAGGUGGAAGAAGAGGGGGAACUGGUGAAUCAGGUGGGUGGGUUCGCUGGUGAAGGGAGGUUUUCGUUUGAGGGAGCUGGGGAGUUUCAGGGCUUUUCUUCUUCGUCUUCUUCUUCGACGAGUUCGGAGGGACAGGGUGAGGCUGAGGAUGUUGAGAGGUUGAUUGAUAGAAGUAUCAAUGCAACGAUUGUGCUAGCUGCUGGGACUUUUGCCGUCACCAAAUUGCUUACCAUCGAUGCUGAUUACUGGCAUGGAUGGACGAUUUUUGAGAUCCUAAGGUAUGCACCCCAACACAACUGGAGUGCUUAUGAAGAAGCUCUUAAGACAAACCCAGUUUUUGCCAAAAUGGUUAUAAGUGGAGUGGUCUACUCUUUAGGGGAUUGGAUUGCACAGUGCUAUGAAGGAAAACCUCUUUUUGAGUUUGACCGUGCUCGGAUGUUGAGAUCAGGCCUUGUUGGUUUCACCCUACAUGGAUCACUUUCCCAUUAUUAUUACCAGUUUUGCGAGGCACUUUUCCCUUUCCAAGACUGGUGGGUUGUUCCUGCUAAAGUAGCCUUUGACCAAACUCUAUGGGCUGCAGUUUGGAAUAGCAUUUAUUAUACAGUUGUGGGAUUUUUGCGUUUUGAUUCCCCAGCCAAUGUUUUUGGUGAAUUGAGGGCAACAUUCUGGCCCAUGCUGACUGCCGGAUGGAAACUUUGGCCAUUUGCUCACCUUAUUACAUAUGGUGUGAUCCCAGUAGAACAAAGGCUCCUGUGGGUGGACUGUGUAGAGCUCAUUUGGGUGACAAUCCUUUCAACUUACUCAAAUGAGAAAUCAGAAGCAAGAGUAUCUGAAGCAUCAGCAGAAGCAGCUUCUAAUUCUCCACCAACAGGUUCUCCUGAGAAGUAAAUCAAGUGGAAACAACCAGAAGCAUGAGGGAAAAUCGGGGAGGCGUAAUUCACUUGUACCAUUGAGAGAGUGAAGUUCACAUCGGUGAAAGACCAUGGCUUGAAGUGUAAUGUGGCUGGGAAAGGUUGAUUUAGUUUAUUGCACACCUUCCUUUGCAGCUUGCAUACUCUUGUGACGGUAUCUUCACUCUUUAAUUAUGUAUAUAUAGAUCAGCUUCCCCUUUCUAUCAUUUUGUCCUAUGAACCAAUUCAAUAAUACACUUAGUUAUUACCCAAAUAUAUGAUUUCAAGGAAUGUACGUGUAUAAUCAGGAUGAUUCGACAUUAUAAUUUGAAGUGGGUCAUUCCAAAUUCUUCUUUA